AUGAAGCUCUUGUCCGUCGCAGCGGCCGUUGCCGGCCUGCUGUCGCCCGUCAUGGCUGCCGCGUCCUCCCAGAGCGCCAAGCUGCCCGCCGACUUCAAGCCUCCCCAGGUCUUCCAGAAUGCCAACCUGGUGCACGUCAUCUCGCUCGAGAAGAACUACGCCAAGGAACAGAUCAAUGUGGCCAUUGAGAAUGUGUCCAAGGAACCGCAGGAUGAAUACUAUGUCCCCUUUACCUCGUCGCAGAUGGGCCGUGUCGGCGGCUUCGAGGUUAAGGACCGCAAGGAUGACCAGGCAGGCCCGUUUGCAGUCGAGGUGGUUGAAUACGACCCCAACAGCGAUACCCAAUAUUACCGAAUUCGCCUCCCCAAGCCUCUAAAGGCUGGUGCACAGCAAACCCUCGGCAUCACCUACUUCUACCUCGACGCGUACCGCCCGCUCCCGGCGAUGAUUGAACAGGACGAAACGCAAUACCUGGUGCACGACUUUUCCGUCUUUGCCCCGUCGGCCUACAAGACGAGCAAGCAAAAGACGGAAGUCAAGUCAGCAUCCGCCACGAUCCCCGACUACACCAAGGUCGACAAGUUCCCCCAGAAGCAGGGCACCAAGCUGACGUACGGGCCCUUUGACGAGCAGCCCGCUGGUGCCGUGUCGCCCGCCCAGAUCCGCUUCGAGUUCGCCAAGCCGGUCACCCACAUCUCGGCUCUGGAGCGCGAGGUCGAGGUCAGCCACUGGGGCGGAAACGUCGCCUUUGAGGAGCACUACACGCUGGAGCACCGCGGCGCCAACCUCUCGGCUCCGUUCAACCGGGCCAAGUGGACGCAGUCGCAGUACUUUAACCGCGGCUCCACGGCGGCGCUCAAGGAGCUCCGCGUGCCUCUCCAGAUUGGCGCGGUGGACCCUUACUUUACCGAUGUCAUUGGCAACGUGUCUACUUCGCGGUUUAGGAGCAACAAGCGCGAGGCGCUCCUUGAGCUGAAGCCCCGCUACCCCAUCUUUGGCGGUUGGAAGUACCCCUUUACAAUUGGCUGGAACAUGAAUGCGGCCAGCAUCUUACGCCGCACGGCCGCUGGCGGCACUGUGCUCAAGGUGCCUUUCCUGGAAGGCCCCAAGCAGGCCGAGGGUGUCGAGUAUAGCCGCAUCAACCUACGUGUUCUUCUGCCCGAGGGUGCUGAGAACGUCAAGUUCUUCACCGAUGUCCCCCAGUCGUCGAUUGUCGAGACGUCUGUGGACGUUGUGAAGACGUAUUUGGAUACUGUCGGCCGCACGUCGGUCACGAUUAAGGCAGUAAAUCUGGUGGACGAAUUCCGCGACCGCCACCUCAUCAUUUCUUAUGACGUGACACUCCUCUCGUCGCUGCGCAAGCCGGUUGUGAUUUUCGCGAGCAUUGUGUCUCUGUUUUUCACGGCGUGGGCCAUUGGUAACAUCAAGGUUGGAUUUGACAAGAAGUAA